AUGGCCAAUGAUGGAAUCUCUAUUCCUGAGAGCACCUCCACUCUAUCUGAGCAACAACAGAAGCAGUUGAAAGAAAGUAGUCAGAAAAAUGCAGCAGCACUUUACAUCCUUCAACAAGCGGUGGAGGAUGAUAUUUUUUCAAAAAUUUAUGCAGUUAAGACGGCGAAAGAAGCAUGGACUGCGUUAAAAGAAAAGUUCCAAGGCAAUACACAGCCUACUGCAUUAUCAGACGAGGAUAAAGAAAAAGUUGAAGCGGAAUGUAAGAAACACUUGCCGCUCUAUCAAGCUAUACUCAAAGGCAACAUAGGAACUGUACGAGAGCUCUGUGAUAAAGAUAAAGAUGCAUUAAAAGCCAGGAUCACCGUAAACUGGGACACAGCUCUUCAUGUAGCUGUUGGGAUUGGGACAGGCAAGGCAUAUGAUGUUGUUGAGUAUCUAUUGGGUAAGAUGCCAAUUGGCGAUCAACAACUGGCAUGGGAAAAUAAAGCGGGCAACACGAUUCUUUCCAUUGCUGCAAUUGUUGGAAAUAUCCCAGCUGCCUCCAUGAUAUUGCACAAAGAUAUAUAUAAAACUUUAAUUCUAGAUCCAAACAAUCCUAAAAGAAUGCCUUUGAUUGAGGCAGCGCGACAUGGCCAAAAGAAGAUGAUUAAAUAUUUAUUGCCUUUCAGCAACGGUUACUUGGACUAUGCAGAUUUAACACGUUUUAGUGACGGUUCUGGCUUUUCUUUCCUAAAUUCACUUAUAAUUGCUGGAUUUUAUGGCUUGGCACAAAAAUUGCUUCAAAAAUAUGGAAAUUUAGCUACAAAGCAGUUACCUAAUGGUGAGNAUAAAACUUUAAUUCAACAUUCAAACUAUUCUAAAAGAAUACCUUUGACUGAGGCAGCUCGACAUGGCCAAAAGAAGAUGAUUGAAUUUUUAUUGCCUUUCAACAACAGUUACUUCGAUUAUGCAGAUUUAACAGGUUUUAGUGAUUACUCUGGCGUUUAUUUCCUAAAUUCGCUUAUAAUUGCUGGCUUUUAUGGCUUGGCACUAAAAGUGCUUCAAAUACAUGGAAAUUUAGCUACAAAGCAGUUACCUACUGCUAUGAAUCGUCAAGAGAAGGUAUUACGCCUCAUAUGUGGUAGGAGUGGUUAUAAACAUAUGUUAUUACAGUCUGAAGACAUUGACAAGAACAAUAUCUUGCACUUAGCUGGAAAAUCUAAAAGUCAAUCGAAUCAGCUUCCCAGUGCAGCUAUUGAUAUGCAGCGUGAAUUACAGUGGUUUAAGAAAGUAGAGAAAAUGGUGCCGCCUGACUAUCGAUUGGAAAAAAAUUCGGAAGGAAAAACUCCAAGAAUGGUAUUUAUUGAGGAACAUAAAGAACUCAUAAAAGAAGGUGAGGAAUGGAUAAAAGGUGCAGCAUCUUCAUGCUCACUAGCAGCAUCAUUCAUUGCCACAAUAGUAUUUGCAGCAGCAAUCACUAUACCAGCAUCUCUGAUGAUAGCGUUUUGUGCCACUCUUUAUCUGGUGUUUCGUGAAAGAAACUCAAACUGGGUACUUUCUUUAGUGGUUGGAUUACCUAUAGUGCCGCUCUGCUUGUUUGUAUCUGCGAAAUAUUCCCUCUUAUGCGAGUUGAUUAUGUCAACAUUUUUCUUCAGCAUUUCCCGCAAGCUAAAAAGAUGGUAUAAGAUUGUUGAGGAAUUGAGAACAAGAUCAAGGGUUAGUAGCAACUAA